AUGAGCUCCUCAGAGGAUGACAUGCCUCUUGCUCGCGCAAAUGGGCGCGCAAAGGCAGCCUCCAACUCAGCUACCCCGAAAGAAAACGGUAACGGUAAUCUUGACGCGGGGAUUUCGGUCCGAUUUGGUGCCGUGCAAAGCAAGGACGUUGAGAUGGAGGAUGCGGAUGCGCCCAGCGCGGGCAAGCGGAAGUCUCGUACUAGCAUUGACCAGAAAAAGUCAUAUGUCGAGCCGGAUAGCAGCGAGGAAGAGGACAAGCCCCUGAGCAAACGCCGGCGAACAUCGGUCAAACACGAAGACCCUGAGACCGAUGAUGACGUUCCUCUGGCUUUGAACGGACGCAAACUUCCUAAGGCCUCGGAAACUGCCGUCGGAGAGGAGUCCGACUCAGAUGUCCCAAUUGAGAGGAAACUAUCUGCACAGAAGAAGAGAAUCGAACAAAAAGCCGCCCGUCAGGCGGCUCCGAAGAAGGAAACCAAACCUGCUGCAGCAACCAAGAAACAGGCCAACGGUGUGAAGAAGGAGCCAGUCGAUGGCAAGUCUGCCAUCAAGAAGGUGAAGGCCGAAUCGACCGCCCCGAAGAAGAUUGCUAAGGUGAAGGCCGAGAGUGAAGAUGCGGACGAGAAGGGCGAUGAGGAGGAAGAGUACAAGUGGUGGGAGGACCCUACCAAGGGCGACGGUACCAAGAAGUGGCAAACUCUGGAGCACAGCGGUGUUGUUUUCCCACCCCCGUAUGAGCCCUUGCCGAAGAACGUAAAGCUCGUGUACGACGGAGUUCCAGUGACACUUCACCCUGAUGCCGAAGAAGUCGCCGGAUUCUUUGGAGGCAUGCUGAAUUCCACACACAAUGUGGAAAAUCCUGUAUUCCAGAAGAAUUUCUUUGCGGAUUUCAAGGACAUCCUGAAGACGACCGGUGGAGCGAAGGACGCCCAAGGCAAUAAGGUUGAGAUCAAAGAGUUUAGCAAGUGCGAUUUCAGGCCCAUCUUUGAAUACUAUGAUGCUCAACGCAUGGAAAAGAAGAACAUGAGUGCCGCCGAGAAGAAGCAGCUAAAGGCCGAGAAGGAUGCGCAAGAAGCUCCUUACCAGUACUGCAUUUGGGAUGGUCGCAAACAAAAGGUCGGCAACUUCCGUGUCGAACCUCCUUCACUUUUCCGUGGACGAGGCGAGCACCCUAAGACCGGUCGCGUCAAGACCCGUGUACAGCCCGAACAAAUCAUCAUCAAUAUUGGCAAGGAGGCCACUGUGCCGCCACCUCCACCCGGCCAUAAAUGGAAAGAGGUGAAGCAUGACCAAGAAGGAACAUGGCUUGCCAUGUGGCAGGAAAACAUCAAUGGCAACUACAAGUAUGUCAUGUUGGCCGCCAAUUCUGAUGUCAAGGGCCAGAGUGAUUACAAGAAGUUUGAAAAGGCCCGUGAACUCAAGAAGUAUAUCGAGAAGAUUCGUAAGGAUUAUCAGAAGGCCCUGAAGCAUGACUUGAUGGUGGAGCGCCAAAAAGCUACCGCCGUCUAUCUCAUUGAUCAGUUCGCCCUUCGUGCUGGAAAUGAGAAAGGCGAGGAUGAGGCCGAGACUGUCGGUUGCUGCUCGCUCAAAUACGAGAACAUCAGCUUGAAGCCUCCGAACACUGUUGUCUUUGAUUUCUUGGGUAAGGAUAGUAUUCGGUUCUACGACGAAGUCAAGGUUGAUCCACAGGUUUUCAAGAACCUGAAGAUCUUCAAGAAGGCACCCAAGAAGAAUGGCGAUGAAAUUUUCGACCGAUUGACCACCUCUGCUCUCAACAAACACCUACAGAACUACAUGCCUGGCCUUACUGCCAAGGUGUUCCGUACUUACAACGCCUCCUUCACGAUGAGCGAGGUGCUGAAGGAGAUGAAGGCGGCCGGUACAAUUCCAGAAAAAAUCAAGGCCUACAACGAUGCCAACCGCAAGGUGGCCAUUCUGUGUAACCAUAAGCGAACUGUCACUGCUGGCCAUGCCAAUCAGAUGGAGAAGAUGGGUGAACGGAUCAAGGGACUGCGUUAUCAAAAAUGGCGGUUGAAGCAACAGAUGCUCGACUUGGAACCCAACCUGAAGAAGAAGAAGGGAGCCUCGUUCUUUGAACUUGACGAGGACCUCACCAUGGAAUGGAUCAAGGAACACCAGGCCUAUUUGUUAGAGGAACAAACUCAGAAGAUUAAGAAGAAGUUUGAAAAGGACAACGAAAAGCUUGCAGCCGAUGGUGAGAAGGAGAUGAAGGCGUCUGAGCUUGACGAGCGCCUUGAGACUGUCAAGGAGAUGGAGAAGAAAUUCAACAAGGAGAACAAAUCUGGCAAGGUGGAAGCUGAAGGCAGAGGCCCAACUGUGGAGAAGAUCGAAGCCGCCAUUGCGAAGCUUGACCAGCGCGUCGAAACGAUGUCCCUCCAAGCUCAGGACAAGGAAGAUAACAAGGAGGUCGCUCUUGGUACCUCAAAGAUCAAUUACAUUGAUCCUCGCCUCACUGUUGUAUUCAGCAAGAAGUUCAAUGUCCCAAUUGAGAAAUUCUUCUCCAAGGCACUGCGUGAGAAGUUUGAGUGGGCUAUCAAGUCUGUUGAGGAGGAUUGGGAGUUCUGA